CUGUAAAACCCUAAAAAGCUUUAAUCGACGGAGGGGGCGGUUUCCAGGAUAAUUCAAGGUCUUAUGUGUUCAUCGCAAUGCAGUUUGGGCAAAUUCUUCUUCCUUUCCCUUCGCCUUGGAUCACUCGAUCGUCUCUUAUCCCUUGCGCGCGAGCCGCCUUCGUCCACCGAGAUCUUCUUGACGUCUUUUUCUUGGAUGCGUAAACCUGUUUUGUUGCGCUUGUCUCCCUCCAGAAGCCUCCAAUUUCUGAUCCCCAGACCUUCACCUUUGAUCUGAUCGGCCCAAUACUAUAUUGUGUGAGGAGGAAGAAGAGGAGAGAAAGAGAGAGAGAGAGAGAGAGAGAGAGAGAGAGAGAGAGAGAGAGAGAGAGAGAGAGGAUGGUGGUGCGAGCGGUGAUGAGGAGGAACGAGGUGUUGCGGGCGCACCUGGGGAUGGCGCUAGUGCAGAUGGCGUACGGCGGCUACCACGUGCUGACCAAGUCCGUGCUCAACGUUGGCAUGAACGAGGUGGUCUUCUGUGUCUAUCGCGACCUCGUCGCCAUCUCCAUCCUUGGUCCCUUCGCCUUCCUCCAACACCGCAGAAGUAUCCGCCUUCAACUGAAUCGGCGCCUCUUAACAUCAUUUUUCCUUCUUGGUUUUACUGGGAUAUUUGCAAACCAGCUUUUAUUUCUUCUUGGUCUAAGCUACACAAACCCAACUUAUGCAUCAGCUAUUCAGCCUGCAAUACCAGUCUUUACAUUCAUCUUGUCUGUAGUAUUGGGCAUUGAGACAAUAGACUUGGGUGCAAGUGAAGGUCGCAUGAAGGUUGUAGGGACACUUGUCUGUGUCUCUGGUGCAAUACUAAUGGUUCUUUACCAAGGUCCAGCUAUAGUUGGAUCCAUUGUUUAUGAUAUGUCUUAUCAUAAUGCAGUAGGCAUGAAGCCUCAGCCUGAACCAAUUGGGUGGUUAACAUCUGGUCCUCUUGGAUUUGGGCUUGAGAAGUGGCACAUCGGUGUCCUGUGCUUGAUAGGGAACUGCUUCUGCAUGGCUGCUUAUUUUGUUUUACAGGCUCCAGUGUUGAGAAAAUAUCCUGCCAGUUUGUCUUUGACAGCGUACUCUUACUUCUUUGGGGCUUUAUUGAUGGUAUUGGCUGGGAUAUUUAAUACCAGUGAUUAUACAGAAUGGAUGUUGACCCCACCGGAGAUAAUUGCUGUCUUAUAUGCUGGAAUUGUUGCAUCUGCUAUCAACUAUGGGAUAAUGACAUGGUCCAAUAAAAUUCUAGGACCUUCAAUGAUAUCCCUAUACAAUCCUCUUCAGCCGGCAUCAUCCACUUUAUUGUCAAUGAUUUUCCUUGGAAGCGCCAUUUAUCUUGGAAGCAUCGUCGGGGGGAUUUUGAUCAUUAUUGGCUUAUACUUGGUCACUUGGGCUCGCUAUAAGGAGACGGAAUCAGAGUCUGGGUUCAUUUGUGGGCAUCAUGACUCUGCAUCUCUUGAAGAUAUAUCGCUUAUGAAGAAACAGGAUGCUUCUUCGAGCUCCUCUGCGAUUCCCUAGGCUAAGUGUUGCCUCAUGCACCGUGAUAAGUUUUCCCUUUUAGUUUAUUGUGUUGUUUUUUUCCAGGUUAUUAAGAUAGAAAAAAAUCUAGAUGCAAGAGUUUUUUAUAUAUAAAAAAUAUAUGCUCGAGGCAAAAGAAAUUGUGGCUACUGUUCUUUUAUUGUUUACAUUUCCAUGAGAAAGAAAUACAAAUUAUCAUCAUAAUCAUCAGAGUGUUUGUACAAGUGAAGCUGAACCAGAUGCUUUGUAAUUACAAAUUAUCUCUUUGGAAGAACAUUCAAUCACUAAAUCCGAAACUUAUAUUUAUGAUAUUUGCAAGCGGAAGUACAGGGACAACCAAUAGAAGCUGAAGCAAAACCCUCAUGAUUGCAGGAGCAAUAGCAAGGAGUUCACAGUGCCACGAAAUUGGUGCCAUCUAUACUCACAAAAAAUUUCUACUUAUUAUUUUCAUCUGAGAAUAAUUAAAUUUAGUUUCAAUAGUGCAUAAAACGAACAAAAAAUCAUAUAAAAUGGUGUGAAUAUGUUUAUUGAAAAUGCUGUGAUUCAAUCAAGAUUGGUGAUGUAAAAAGUGGUGGAGAAACAACCAAAAAAGUUUCAUUAAUAUGAUUGUUAUAUAGCUCAAUGGUGAUUCGAUCUG